AAAAUGGUCUGUUUGCCAUGUAUUUUUCUGCCAAUAAUGAUGGCGAUUUAUAUGAAAUUUAUAAUGCCAUAUGUGUACAGAGUACUGCCACAGCGAUGGGUGAACUUCCUGGACCCGAUUCUCUAUCCGACGUGCCCCGUGAAAAUCCCGGAACCUGAGAAUAAGAAAGAGGUUGAAGAAGAGAAAAAAGACGCACCAUGCUGCGCAAACACAACUGAAGCCACUGUGGAAACUGUGGAAACGAAGAAGGAUCAAUAAAAAAUUCAAUUAAAUUAUUUUUUCUCGAAAGUCUGUGAUUCCUGAUUUCUACUUAAAUAUUAAAUGUCUCUAUUGGAACCAACUCGAUUCUCUCGCCAUUUUCGUUGGAAAUAAAGUGAUUCACAUUG